GUUGGGCCUUCAAAAUUGUCUUGUUCAGUACAAAUGUUUUCAAGAGUUGGUAACACUGAGUGGUAGAACGUUUGACUAUCUAACCUUACCUAAAAAACUAGGUUAUAAAAAUAAACUUAUGAUUGCGUGUACGUUAUUAAAAAGAACUAUGUCUCAAAGCAUUGGUAAUAGAAUUCUAAAUAAUGCUGAAAUAGCUGAAAAGAAACUGGCACAAUUAAGGACAAAGCUAGAUGAAGUUAAAAAAAUCAAGAUUGAAGAAAAAAUACAGGCACUUACAGAGGAGAAUAAAGGUUUAGCUGCUAAAGUAGAAGCUGCUAAAGCCAAUUUGAUAAGAUUGGAAACAUUGAAUGGUAAGAAGCAAUACGCCAUACCAGGCAAGCAGUCAGUAGCACCUGUUGAAAAUGUUAAAACCGAGGAUGCACCAGUUCAAUCUGAAAAACAGCCUGCUCCGAAGAAGGCAAAGGAAGCUGUAAAAAAACCCAAAGAAAAAUCAGAGCCUACUGGUGAUUCCAUUGUAGAUGUCAGGAAGUUAGAUUUCAGAAUUGGAAAAAUUAUUGAUGUGAACAAACAUCCUGAUGCCGACACUUUGUAUGUAGAGAAGAUUGACUGUGGAGAGGAUAAACCCCGCACUGUUGUCUCUGGUCUUGUAAAUCAUGUACCAAUAGAUGAAAUGCGUGAUAGAAUUGUUAUGAUACUAGCAAAUUUAAAACCAGUAAAGAUGAGGGGAAUUACCUCAGAAGCAAUGGUGAUGUGUGCAUCAUCCCCUGAAAAGGUUGAAAUUCUCAUGCCACCCCAGGGAGCUGUACCUGGUGAUUUAGUGGAGUGUGAAGGUUACCCUCGAGAGCCAGAAGCUGUACUUAAUCCUAAGAAAAAAAUAUUUGAAACCUGUGCUCCUGACCUCUUAACAAAUGAUGACAAAGUUGCAUGCUAUAAAGGAACUCCUUUAUUUGUCCCUGGAAAGGGAGUUAUAGUAGCACCAACAUUAAAAGGUGUUAAUGUUAAAUAGGGUAUAUAUUUUUAAGGUAAUAUAAACAUGUAAGAUUGUAAUGGCAAAGUCUUUGAUGUUUCACUGCUAAGCAUAACCUGAUCCUCACAAGUUUUAAUUUUCAUCUGCUUAGACUGCUUAUCACUCUUAUUGGAACUAAUUAGUUCCGUGCGGUUUCACCCGCUCGGCUCGGCGCCUAUUGAUCGCAGCCUUCUUCGAUAAAUGGGCUAUCCAAUACAAAGAGGAUUUUUCAAAUUAGACCAGCACUGCCUGAGAUUAGCACAUCAUAUU